AUGACCUCCUGGUGCAUCGACAAGGUGUGGAACUACAUGAGCCUGCCAGAGGACAAUGAUGAUGUGUGCCACAUCUGCCUGGACAUGGUGAAGGAGGCUCGUGACCAGCUCAACAGCAAUGAGACCCAGGAGGAGCUGAAGGAGGUGCUGGAGGGCUCGUGCAACCUGCUGCCGAUCCGGCUGAUCGCCAAGGAGUGCGACGAGCUGGUGGACGAGUUCAUCCCGGAGCUGGUGGAGGUGCUGUCCUCGCAGAUGAACCCGCAGGUGGUGUGCCAGACGGCCGGACUGUGCAACUCUCCGCGGGUUGACAAGCUGCUGGAGGAUCGGAGCCACAAGAAGCUGGCGGAGAAACCGGCUGACGCGUGCGCCACCUGUCAGCAGAAGACGACAGCUUUGAAGCAGUAUGUGGCCGCUGGAGGGCAGCAGCAGCUGCUGGACAGCCUGCUGCCGGUUUGCCGUGACCUGGGGUCGUACAGUGACGCCUGCGCCGGCGAUCUGGCCGCGCACAUCGACGUCAUCUACCAGUGGGUGGGCCGAGCUGGACACGGACGGCAUUUGUCUGGCUGGGCAACGCCUGUCCCCGGCCUCUUCGACGAGACGCCGCUGCAGCUGACGGCGACGGGCCCGGCCGUGGACUGCGAUCUCUGUAUUCACAUCGUGAAACACUGGCGGGACAUCCUGGUGGCCAACACCACCAAGGAGGAGUUCAAGGAGAUCCUGGACGGCAUCUGCUCCAAGACCAAGGCCUGGGCGCCCAAGUGCACACAGCUGGUGAACGAGUACUACGAAGUGAUCUACGAUUACCUGGUGAACCAGAUGCGCGCGCAUACCAUCUGCAAGGCCAUCGGCCUGUGCUCCAAGCCCGGCCAGCCGUCGCUGGAGAUGCCGCUGGCCAAGCUCACCCCGCCGCAAGAGCUGCACACCGUGGCCUGGAGAAGAGCCCCGUGCAUGAAGGUCCCGAAGCUGCACCACGUCCAGCUGAAGAAGUCGCCGCCCCGCGCCUACGGCAACGAUGGCCUGGCGCACCCUAACCCGCUGGAGGGCUCUCCUAUACCUGCUGCCGAGGUGCUGCCCGUCGGCCAGCUGCCGCUCUCGCGGCUGGGCCUGCCCGACAUGAGCGGCCUCUUCCAGCGCAACACCGAGCUCUGUGACAUCUGCGAAUUCGGCCUGCAGGAGCUGCGGAAGGUGCUGAUGGAGGACGCGACAGAGGACGAGCUGACUGAGCAGGUGGGCCGCCUCUGCCACCUGCUGCCGCGCACGCUGGCCAACCGCUGCAACAAGUUCGUCGCCACCUACGGCGACUUCAUCAUCACCAUGUUGGCACAGGAGAUCGACCCCAGCGAGGCUCAACUGGAGGAGUCUGAGUCCUCCGAGCAGCUAUCCUCCGAGGAGCGUGUGGACGAGGCGCCCGGCUGCGCCAUCUGUGAAUACGCCAUGAACACCCUGCUCGACUACCUUAAGGACAAGAAGACCGAGAAAAAUGAGUGA